UCCAAGAGGGAGAAUUGUUCGGAGGCGGCUCUCGAUUCCCCCGUUUGCAAAUGCAGAGCCUGGUGACCUUCGACGAUGUGGCUGUGUAUUUCACGAAAGAGCAGUGGGCUCUGCUGGAUCCCAGUCAACGAGCUUUGUACAAGGAGGUCAUGGUUGAAAAUUAUGGGAGCCUGGCCUUGUUGGGGUCUGCGGUUCCAAAGCCUGUUCUUGUCUCCCUUUUGGAACAAGGAGAGGACCCCUGUGUUCCUGAUUCUCAGGUCUUUGAUGGAGAAAAGAUUUUUGAUGCCAGCUCAGACAACCCUUGGAAAAAGCACUUGUGCACCGUCUGCGGGAAGCGUUUUACUCAGAAACCAAACCUGACCAGGCAUCUGAGAAUCCACACGGGAGAGAAACCGUAUAAAUGCUUGGAAUGUGGCAAAUGCUUCGGUUGCCAUUCGCACCUUGUGAGCCACCGGAUCGUGCACACGGGAGAGAAACCCUACAAAUGCUUGGUGUGUGAUAAAUACUUCGGCCGCAAAGCACACCUCGCCAGACACCAAGGAAUCUAUGCUGGGGAAACGCCGUACAAAUGUUUGGAAUGUGGGAAGCAUUUUGCCUGCCAGUCACAACUGGUGAUCCACCGGAGGUACCACACGGGAGAGAAGCCUUACAAAUGCUUGGAGUGUGAGAAAUGUUUUGCUGACCCCUCAGCCCUGGUCAGCCAUAAGAGGAUCCAUGCAGCUGAGAGAUCUCACAAGUGCUUGGAGUGUGGAAAGAGCUUUGUCCAGCAGUCACAUCUUCUGAAGCAUCAGAGGGUCCAUACAGGAGAAAAACCAUAUCAGUGUCCAGAAUGUGAGAAAUGCUUUGCUGAUCGCUCUGUCUUCGCAAAACACCAAAGAGUCCACACGGGAGAAAGACCUUAUAAAUGUGUGGAGUGUGGGAAAACAUUUGCACGGCAGGAGCAUCUCGGGAGCCACUGGAGAGUUCACACGGGGGAGAAGCCGUAUAAAUGCUUGGUGUGUGGGAAAUGUUUUGCCCGACAGUCCCAUGUGGUGAGUCACCAGAGAGUCCACACAGGGGAGAAACCUUGCAAGUGCUUGGAGUGUGGGAAGUGUUUUUCGGAGCGCUCCACUUUCGUAAGGCACCAGAGGACUCAUACGGGAGAGAAGCCUUACCGAUGCUUGGAUUGCGGGAAGUGCUUUGGUUCCCCUUCGCAUCUCACGAGGCACCAUCGGCGCCACACGGGGGAGAAGCCCCACCGAUGCCUGGAGUGUGGGAAAGCCUUUGCCGACCGCUCGGCCUUUGUGAAACACCAGCGUGUCCACACGGGGGAGAAACCCUAUAAAUGUGCAGAGUGUGGGAGAUGCUUUGCCAACCGGACACACCUUGUAACCCACCAGCGUGUCCACACAGGGGAGAAACCGUAUGCCUGCUUGGAGUGUGGCAAAAAAUUUAGUGCAAAUAGGAGCCUUAUUCACCACCAAAGGCAACAUGACUCUAAGAAAAAGCAUCCAUGCCCUAUAUGUGGAAAGUAUUUUACUCAGAAGUCAGGUCUUAUCAUCCACCAGAGGAUCCACACAGGAGAGAAACCUUACCGUUGCUCCGAGUGUGAAAAGUCUUUUGCUGAUCGUUCGACCUGUAUGAAGCACAUGAGAAUUCACAUGGGGGAGAAACCCUAUAAAUGCCCAGAAUGUGGGAAAUGUUUUUCUACGAAAGCGGAAGUGGUGAUCCACCAGAGGAUUCACACGGGCGAGAAGCCCUAUAAAUGUACGGUGUGUGAAAAGUGCUUUGCUCAGCAUUCCCAACUCAAAAGCCACCAGAGGAACCACACGGGGGAGAAACCCUAUCAGUGCUUGGACUGUGGGAAAAAUUUUGCUCACCAGUCCCCCUUUGUGAACCACCGAAGGCAGCACACGGGCGAGAAGCCCUACAAAUGCUCGGAGUGCGAGAAGUGCUUUGUUCAGCACUCCCAACUCGCAAACCACCGGAGAGUCCACACUGGAGAAAAACCAUACAAGUGUUGUGAGUGUGGGAAGUGUUUCGCGCAGCAGUCUACCUUUGUGAACCAUCAGAGAACUCACCUAGGGGAAAAGCCUUACAAGUGCCUGGAAUGCGGAAAAUGUUUCUCUCAACAGCCUUAUCUUCGGAGGCACCAGAAGGUUCAUACGGGCGUGAAACCGUACACGUGCUCAGAAUGCGGGAGAGGUUUCGUUGGGCUUUCUGGACUUAGAAGCCACCGGAGAGUCCACACGGGAGAGAAACCCUUCAAAUGUGUGGAGUGUGAAAAAUGCUUUGCUGCUCGGUCCAGUUUUGUCAGUCACCGCAGGAUGCACACGGGAGAGAAGCCCUUCCCGUGCUUGGAGUGUGGGAAAUCUUUCUCUGACAGCUCCACUUUUGUGAAACAUAAACGGGUCCACUCUGGGGAGAAGCCCUACAGGUGCUCUCAGUGUGAGAAGCGUUUUGCUGGACACUCGGCUUACGCACAACACUUGCGGGUCCACACAGGAGACAAACCUUAUAAAUGCUUGGAGUGUGAGAAGACCUUUCCGUACAGUUCUGACCUUGUGCGACACAAAAGGGUCCACACCGGAGAGAAACCCUACAAAUGCCUGGAAUGUGGAAAAUGUUUUACCAACACCUCGGGUUACGUCAACCACCUCAGAGUCCACACGGGAGAGAAACCCUAUAAAUGCUUGGAGUGCAAUAAAUGUUUCGCUUACUCUUCAGGAUUUACUACCCACCAGAGAAUCCACACUGGAGAGAAACCUUAUAAAUGCGCCAAAUGUAAGAGGCGCUUUGCUGACCGUUCUGCCUUUUCUAGGCAUCUUAAAAUUCAUGAGCGGGAGAAAAAAUAGAUGUAGAGGAAACCUCCUACGUUUGUACAUUUAGCUGGAAACUAUGCUUGGACCUUAGAUUGCUCCAUAAGGUGAAAAAU